AUGACCCUUUGUCCUAACUGUCGGCAUCCUCACACAGGGGAAUGCAGAGCAGGAACAGGCGCCUGCUACAAAACCAGCCAAGUAGGGCACUUUGCAGUGGAUUGCUCUCAGAGGGACAAUCAGCGUGUCAAUCGACCUGCAGUACAGCAUCAGAGGGGCCAGGGUGCUCAACAUCAGCAGGGGCGAGCUGUAGCCCAUGCAACAACAGCCAGGCAAGCUGACCAGCCUAACGCAGUUGUCAUAGGUACGCUACUCGUAUUUGGCCAUCUUGCUUUAGUAUUGUUUGAUUCGGGUUUGCCGCAUUCAUUCGUAUCUGAGGAGUUUGUAGAGCUAGCACACCUAGAGAAAGAACUUUUAGAGAUUACCCUAUCAGUGUCCACCUCUGCUCACGAGCUAUUGCUAGCUACCCAUAGGGUUAAAGGAGGUGGUGUAACAAUAUCAGGGCGUGUCAUCGAAGCUACACUGAGAGUGUUAAGCCUGCAAGGCUUUGAUGUCAUCUUGGGUAUGGAUUGGCUAGGCGAGAAUUGCGUUUUGAUAGAUUGCGAGACUCGAAUAGUGACUCUUAGGCUUCUGUCAGGGGACAACUUUAAGGGCUAA